CGAUCAAGGUCAUACCUUUUAAAAUGUUGAUUUUCUGAUUGUUGACUUUGGAAUAGCUACACUUAAAGUGGUUUUACUGGGUUAAUUAAACGCCUCUGCCAUGAAGCUGCCGGUUAUGUGUCGCACUUGCGACUCCACGGACACCGACAAUCUUCUCAAGCUGGCCACGCCCUCGAAAAAGUAUCCGGACAAGCUGCUAUCGGAGAUUUUGAUGGAGCUUACCGAUAUCCAUGUGGACGGGAUUGGCACUCAGAAGCUGCCGCAAUGCUUGUGCAGCAGCUGCACCAAGAAACUUAUGGCUAGUUAUUGCUUUGUGAAGCAGGCGCUGGCCGCCAACGAACUGCUGAUGAAGCACUUGAAGAACGGCUCUGCGCCAACCGCCAACGACUGUCUGCAGGAAGCGCCCAUGGAGCUGUGCGCCGAGCAGCAUGUGGAGGUCAAGAUGGAGACGGAGGACGAGGAGUGUGGCGGCGAUAAGGAUGUUAGCAUCAGCUGCUCUGAGCUGCCAGACCCGGGUGAACAGGAUGUGGAGAGCAAGAAAUCUGUGGAUCCGCUGACCAUGAUUGAGACGGUGAAGCUGGAGGGUGAACCGCCAAGCGUGGAAAGGCCGGCGGAAGAAGAGUCCUCGUCAGACUUUGAGGAUGAAGACUCCCUGGACAGCCUGCCCCUGAAUAAACGCAUCCAAAAGUGGAAGGCCAGAAGUCUGUCCGUUUUCAAGUGCCACGAUUGCCCCAGGAGUUUCAAGAGAAACGAGUACCUAAAGCGCCAUGAAAUCCGUGUCCACCAGCCGGAGACCCACUGGUUUGCCUGCUCCCUCUGCGUGCGUAAGUUUAGCCGCAGCGAAGCCCUCGAGGCUCACCUGAAGGUCCACAGAAACUCCAAGCGUUCGGCCAACAUCAGCGAGCACAAGAAGGCCAAGGCGGUGGAUCUGAAUCUGUGCAAGCCGCAUGGCUACAAGCUCAUCGAGUGCAUGAUCUGCCAGAGUCAGUACAACAAGAUUGCGGAUCUUCGCAGGCACUUGGAAGAGCAUCCAGAUAUUGUCAGCCUGGGAGUACGUCCAAAUGUGGAGCCAAAUGAGCUGGCGGAACUGUUUUAUCCCGACUCCAAGGACCUGGACGAGGAGCAGUUGAUUGUACUAAUCCGCAAGGAUUUGGCUUCGGGCAUUUAUCAGCGUUUCUACUCGAUAACCAAUCAAAGUGGCUAUGAAAUGGAUCUAGACAGCUCGGAGACUGACAGCGAGUUGGACGGUGAGCCCGAGGAUCAGCAGAACAGGAGGCGGCGCAAGAACCGCUACACCUGCGAAUUGUGCCAGCAAAAGUUUCCGCGAAAAUAUCAGCUCUAUGAUCACCAACGGCAGAGCCACAGUUGGUCCGAGGCUCCGCAUGUCUGCGGGCGGUGUGAUGGACGCUUUGUCAGCCUACAGUUGCUGAGGCAUCACAACGAGUCGCAGUGCCGAAAUGCUCAAAAACGCUUCCUUUGCCAUAAAUGUCCCCUGCGCUUCCGGUGGAAACACAAUCUAAAGACACAUUUCCGCGAGCAUAGAAUAACCAACCAAACCUUCGAGUGUCCCGAGUGCAAGCGGGUUUUUGACAAAAAGAAAUCCCUCACCGUUCACCUGCUUAGCGUUCAUGCCGAGGAAUCCAAGCUUAUACCUUGCCAGUGGUGUAGUCGCAAGUUCUAUCGUCAUGACUACCUGGUGAAGCAUUUAAAGCGUCACGGGCUCAAGGAGCAGGACAUUCCACUGGCCGAGACCUUAAUAGCGGCCACAUCGCGGCCCAAUGGAACCAAGAGAAUCACCUGCCGAAUGUGCAAUCUACACUUUGAGCGGAUUGUGGAUCUGCGGGCCCACAUCCAGCUGGAGUUGAAGCUCUCCUUGUCGCUACACCAAAGCUACGACUCGCCGCACAAUUAUUCGAUUACAAACGAGUCUGGCUUUGAGUUGCAGCUAGAGGAUUCGGAGACCGAGGACGAAAUGCAGUCGAGCAGUGGUAGUCGUCAUGUUUACAUCUGUGAGCUGUGCAGCGUUCAGUGCAAGCGGAAAUUCGAGAUGAUUCAGCAUCAAAGGACAAUGCAUCGUUUCGACAAAAUGCCGCAUGAAUGCGAUGAUUGCAUCUUCAAGUGUGUGUCCAAGAGCAUAAUGGAUCACCACCGACUGGGGCAAUGCAGCAGCAAGGACAAGAUGUAUACCUGCAGCAAGUGCUCCUACAAAUUCAUGUGGCCCGAGAACCUAGAGCAGCAUAUGCGACUGCAGCACAGCGAAACUUCUUCUACCAACAAACCCACAAGCAGCGAGGGCAGGCCACAGACUGGACCUGGUGACCUGGUCAAGGAAGCCGGCGAAGAUGGUGUUCCACUAUUGCAGUGUCCGCAUUGCGAUCGCACUUACCAGAUGAAGUCCCGCCUCAACAACCACAUCCGGGAUGUCCAUGUAAACGGGGAUCGGAAGCGCAAGGAGGCCGUUAAGCGUUUCUUGUGCUCCCUGUGCGGCAGGGAGACCCGUUCAGCGGCCGCUCUCGUUACCCAUACCCGGCGUCACACCGGCGAGAAGCCUUUUAAAUGCGAUCAGUGUGAGAUGGCCUUUCCCCGGCAUUCGGAGUUGGCCUCCCAUCGACGGAUGCACACCGGUGAGAAACCCUUUCACUGCACAGUCUGUGGCAAGGAUUUCGCGCGCUCCGACAAGCUCAAGCGUCAUAUGCUCACCCACAGCGGUCUGAAGCCGCACAAGUGUACGUACUGCGAGAAGAGCUACCGCCAGGCCAAGGAUUUGAAGCUUCAUCUCCAGCAGCACACGGGCGAGUGUCCGUUUGUGUGUGGCACCUGCGGCGAGCGAUUCAUACAGAGCAGCACGCUGGAGAAGCAUCGUCUAAUGCGACGCCACUUUGACGAAGUGGAAGCCUGGCUAAGGCGUCAAAAAUAGAACAGGUGUUUGAGAAAUUAAAUAAAGUUUAGGUUCUAGCAUAAAAAAUACAUGGUUUUUUAUGAUGAUAGUUUAGAGUUCAAGCUAAAGAAGGCACAUGAUUGAGAAACUACAAACGGAAGUGAAAAGUAUUUUAAUGAACUAAUUUUGUGUAACUCCGACUGAUAACAAAACACACUUGAUCUCUGGGGUUGAAGAAACCCAAACAAUACUUCCAAUAAAACCGA